AUGGACGACACUCGGCAGUACAUCUCGAGUCUGCACAACUACUCCUCCUGGCUCGCAAGGCGCACCUCGCAGCUGCACUCGCUGCACGAGAUCCCGCAGCCGGCGCCGCCGUCGGCCCAGAUCCCGCAGGAGCUGCCGACCGCGCAGCUGCUGCCGGAGCUGUUCGAGACCACCCCGUUCGGGCGCAGUCUGACGCCGGAGCAGAAGGAGAACUACUUUCAGCGGGUGGUCACGCUGCAGCAUUCGAUUCUCGAGCAGCAGCAGGACCGCAUGCAGCAGCAGCAGGAGAUGCUCGAGAAAAUGCGCCGGCGGCCGGACUCGUCGUCUGCCGUCAGUCCGCUCACGGCCGUCUACGCAGAUACUCGGGCUGAAUUGUCAUUAUCAUCUGCACCUGUUCAGGCGUCACUAUCUUCUUCUUCUUCAUCUUCAUCUGCAGCAGCAACGGCGGUUGAAAAAGAAAUAAUCUUCAUCAACUUUGACGAAAACUCCAUGCGGCCAACUAAAAAGGACAAGGACAAGACCCCGGUCUUUGCACCUGUCGACAGCAGCAGCAGCAGAAACAGCAGCAGCAGCAGAAACAGCAGCAGCAGCAGAAACAGCAGCAGCAACAGCAACAGUGACAGCAACACCGACGACCUGCCUCCGCAGCAACUCAGCAUCGAGCAACGCCUUCUCAACCACACAAGCACAAAACCAACCACCACCACCACCACCACCAGCCGGAACAACUUCUCAUUUCCAACCCCAGACCUUUUCGACCCCUUCUCGCCCUCAACACUCGACCACUCCUUCACCGGCCCCGACUUUGACGCAUCCGGCACCAUCAACUCCUCAGACGACAUCUUUGCCGCGCUCGACGAAGAACAGGCACCCUCGUUCUCUUACGACCUCGAGUAUCAGCCGUCGGCGUACCGGCAACCGCAACACACUACCAGCAUCGCUCCUUUCUCUCAUCCAACAUCAUCUACUAGCACGGCAACCGCUCCCUCUCCUCUCCCUUCCUCUCGCGCUCAUCGACAUACACUGACCGAACCGCUCUUCAUCGCUCACACGUUCCCACAACCACCGCAUCAGAUCCGACCGCGUGCGCCACGCACCCGCAACAAGCGACAACGGUCCGCGCUGCUUUCUUCAGCAGCAGAGACAGCAGCCGUGCCUGAGACCCCUGCAGCGUCGACCAAGAGAAUUGAUCCGGCGUCGAAUUUUACUUGCACUCCCCACAACACUACAAAGCACAAGGCAGCAGUCGACAGCACACCCGCGACAAAUCCAACCCCGACAAAACCAAACGACAAAAACGAGGCCGAGGACGAGGACGAAGGGUUUGAGGAGGACAGUGAAUACUCGUACUCAUACAGCGACGGCGCGAGCUACUCUGACGAUCUCUCCGAGUCCGAGCCGGACGGUAAACGGCCACAGCCAUAUCCCGACCCCGACGACGAGAAUGAUAGACCCGCGAAACGACUCCGGACGGCAGAUAACGCGCGCAGUAGAGCAAGAGUAGAAGGCGGAGUAGGCGAGUGCGUGAAGGACGUGGCGAUGACUGCCGCGGUGGCGAUUGGGACGGUUGCAACUGGCGUUGGGCUGGCGUGGUUUUUGAUCGGAUGA